CGCCGUUGUAGGAAGAAAAACAAGCUCAGCGGGCAUUCGUUGGUUGUUUUUUGGAGGAAGUGUGAUCACUGGCAGCGGCACUGUGAGACAUUUUCUUCAGAGACACAUCUGACUCCCUUCCCCAGCAGUCACAGCUCCCCUUCCCUCUUUUUCCCCUGUGACCCCACCCUGAGCCCCAGCAGUCCUCCGCCCCAGCAUGAAUGACAUCAGUGUGGUCAGAGAGGGCUGGCUCCAUAAGAGGGGAGAGUACAUUAAGACGUGGAGGCCGCGGUACUUCAUCCUGAAGAGUGAUGGCUCCUUCAUCGGCUACAAGGAGAAGCCAGAGAUGUCGUCCGACCACAGUCUCCCACCCCUCAACAACUUCUCUGUGGCAGAGUGCCAGCUGAUGAAGACAGAACGGCCCAGGCCCAACACGUUUGUCAUCCGCUGCCUACAGUGGACCACAGUCAUAGAGCGCACCUUCCACGUGGAGAGUAACGAGGAAAGGGAGGAAUGGAUGCGGGCGAUCCAAGCGGUGGCCAACGGCCUAAAGACGCGAGUGGAAGAGGCUCCCAUGGACAUAACGUUUGGUUCCCCCAGCGACUGCAGCGGCAUGGAGGAGAUGGAGGUGGCCAUGUCCAAGUCCCGCAACAAAGUGACCAUGAGUGACUUUGACUACCUGAAGCUGCUGGGGAAGGGGACGUUUGGAAAGGUGAUCCUGGUGAAGGAGAAGGCCACAGGGAUGUACUACGCCAUGAAGAUCCUGAGGAAAGAAGUCAUCAUCGCUAAGGAUGAGGUAGCACACACGGUAACAGAAAGCAGAGUCCUUCAGAAUACGAGGCAUCCCUUCUUAACGACACUAAAAUAUGCGUUCCAAACACAUGACCGGCUAUGCUUUGUGAUGGAAUAUGCAAACGGAGGAGAGCUGUUCUUUCACUUGUCGCGGGACCGCGUGUUCACAGAAGACCGGGCACGGUUCUACGGUGCGGAGAUUGUGUCUGCGCUGGAGUACCUCCACUCACGGGAUGUUGUCUACAGAGACCUUAAGCUGGAGAACUUAAUGCUGGAUAAAGAUGGACACAUAAAGAUCACAGAUUUUGGACUGUGUAAAGAGGGAAUCACAGACGGGGCUACCAUGAAGACCUUUUGUGGUACUCCAGAAUACCUUGCACCUGAGGUAUUAGAGGACAAUGACUACGGCCGAGCGGUGGACUGGUGGGGUCUAGGUGUGGUCAUGUACGAGAUGAUGUGCGGUCGACUGCCCUUCUACAACCAGGACCAUGAGCGGUUGUUUGAGCUCAUUCUCAUGGAGGAGAUCCGCUUCCCCAAGAACCUGGCCCCCGAAGCCAAGGCCCUGCUUGCUGGCCUGCUCAAAAAGGACCCCAAGCAGAGGCUUGGAGGUGGACAAGAAGAUGCCAAAGACGUGAUGACACAGAAGUUCUUCACCAGCAUCAACUGGCAGGAUGUGGUAGAGAGGAAGCUCUUGCCUCCCUUCAAGCCCCAGGUGACGUCAGAGACGGACACCCGCUACUUUGACGACGAGUUCACAGCACAAACCAUCACCGUAACGCCCCCGGACAAAUACGACAGCUUAGACUCAGAAGACCAGAACCAGCGCACACACUUCCCUCAGUUCUCUUACUCCGCCAGCAUACGGGAGUGACCUCUCUCACAUGCGUGCACACACAAACUCACAUGAGCAAGCAGGCUAACACACACUCCCACUGCUGGGGAAUUGGGAUGACACAAACUGACACUCUCUCUCAAACAAACACACUUGCACAACACACGCACUCUGACACCGAGAAGCGGUGAAAACAUGGAUCCUAGAGCAUGACGUGAUGACUGACCUCAGCAGGCCUGAGUGGAAAAACUGGCCGUCUUGUCUCUCAUUCUGACGGGACCAGGUGGAACCGGACAGGGCUGCUCUUAGCCAUGCCUGCAGGACCCUGCCUGUCUACCCACCACACUACCACUACUACUACUACUACUACUACUACUACUACACUGGGUGCAUCAACAGCACUUCACCAUCCCUGGGUUAUGCCAGCAGAUACCACAUCAUCACCAGCCGAACGCAUGCUGCACCUAUCCAACACACACACUCUGACAAGCAACACCUAAAACCUCCCAUACACUGCUGAUUUUUUUUUUUACUACUGGAUAAAAAAUAAGUCCAAACAAAUGUAGAAACACAUGAAAGGAGAAAUAUUUUUAAACUAAUUUUUCUUUUGAUUGUUACGGUUUUAAAAGCCAUAUUUCUGCAAAAGAAAAUACGAGUGCUCUUGCUGAAAACUUGCUGUUACAAAUCGUGUGAACUGUUCCUACAGAGGGAAAGCGGGUCGGGGAGAGAAUGAGGGGUAAGAAGGUGUGUGUACCUCGGAAGGUAGCCAUUUCCCUGCUUGCACUCUGCAUGUGUGAAUGAAUGUGUUUGGGUGUGUGGAAGGGAAAAAAGAGAAGGGGGAAGAGUAGAAGUGACCACAGCAAUUAACAUUGUUCCAGUAGCUGUCACGUUCUGAGCAGAAAUAUCCAGGAGGAAUAGCUGUCACGUUCUGAGCAGAAAUAUCAAGGAGAAUAGCUGUCAAUCAUUUGUUCCAAACUUUUCACUUUUUAUUUUGAAUUAUUGAUGUAAAGAUCUUAUUUUUUUAAACUUUUUUUUUGAAGAUCAUUUGGAUGUUCCCAUAUUUAAGAAUGCAAACUAUUAAAUCAUGGAUCACUGAUUAUAUGUGAUAAGGCUAGACUGACUGAUAGAAAAUUGACUCUUCAGUUAUUUAACGUUCGAUAUUGAAGGUUGUGGUUCGUAUUUUCAAGGCAAUGUAAGUGACAGAUUAAGUCCUUUGUCGGGAUGUCAGAGUAGGACCAUUGAACUAGGGUUGGGGUUAGUUCAAUUCAGUUAAUGUAGUAAGUCAACUGAGUUAACGUCAUGGAUUGAAAUGUAAUUGUUCCCAACCCUGGUGUGAAACAGAUGCUGUAUAUAAUGACAAGAUGGUCUUGUCUCUGCCCUAACAAUGGGAGUUGUUGUCUCAAAGGCAGAAAAGCAGUCGUUCUGCUUAUCGCUGUAUUCCCGUGUGGACAGAUUUUUAUAUUUUUCUCUCUUACCUCGCCUCUUCCUCUCUGUGUGAACUUCCCACAAUUCACCUGUCCUGAAUGCAUGUGUACACCCCAUGUCUGGCCUGUAGAGGAGUGGUUCGGGUGAAACAACCAUUGUGUUUCACAGUCAAGUGCUGUGAUGUAUUUCAUUUUUGUUGCCCUUUUCAAAGAUUCCUUCACUCAAGGACCAUUAAGACCAUGUUUCUUUUCAUUGAUUUGUUUUGGUUUUGUGGUUCACCUAUUCCUUACUUUGGGAGACAUUGUCUCAUUUAAUUUUAUAUUAUAUAAAUUAAAUUUAAACAUGUUUUUCCUUUUGGUUCUUCA